ACUGCACUUUUCCCCCCUUGCAGAAAUUGUAUUGUCUCCUACCCCCUGGAGCUUUUGUCUGACGAGGCCGUGUUGUGUGUUUCAGAUGGCGUCUUCUACCAGCUGCCACCCUCCCAGUCGUACGGCCCCGCUCAGUUCCGCGGCCCAGUCAACGCCGUGCCCACCGUGUGGGUGCAGGUGCCCGCCAACAGCCUGUACCCCACGCUGUACCAGUACCCGGGGCAGCCCAACCCGGGGCCCAUCUACCCACCGCCGACCCCCGAGCUGCCCGCCGAGGAAAACCCUAGCCCGCCGCCCAAGCCGCCGACCGGAGGCUACCCACAGAGGCCCCCAGGUGGCAUCCCCGAGUACCCGCCGCAGCCGCAGCCGCAGCCGCAGCCCACCCCGGAGCCGUACCCCACCCCUGCCCCGGAGCCUACCACCCCCGACCCCAUCAAGCAGGAGCUGCUCAAGUCGUGCAAGUACCCGCGCGGCCAGUUCCCCGACCCCAAGGACUGCAGCAAGUUCAUCAACUGCUGGGACGGCGACGCGGUAGAGCAGAACUGCCCGACCGGCCUGCUGUUCAACCCGGAGAAGAGCUACUGCGACUACCCCGAGAACGUCCAGUGCGGAGACAGGCCCAACCCCCUCCCUCCCACACCACCAUCCCCUCUGCCACCCACCGAGCCCCCGACCUACCCCACCCUGCCACCCAACCCCCCGAAGCCCGGACAGAACGGCUGCAAGUCGCCCUUCGACCGGUACAGGUCGCCCACCAAGUGCGGCACCUUCUACGUCUGCGACAAUGGCAAGCCCAUCGAGUUCAACUGCCCGCCCGGCCUCGACUACAGCGAGGAAAACCAGGUCUGCGACUGGCCCGCGAACGUUAACUGCGGAGGCGCCAUCUCUUCUGAGACCACUCCUCCUCCCCCACCCGAAGAAGGCGAGGAUGGUAACGGAGGCGACGGAGGCGACGGCGGUGACGGUGGCAACGGAGGUGACGGUGGCAACGGCGGCGACGGUGGCGACGGCGGCAACGGAGGUGACGGCGGCAACGGCGGUAACGGCGGCAACGGAGGCGACGGCGGCAACGGCGGCCCAAUCCAGCCCGGCUACCCGCCCGUCAUCCCCAGCCCCGCCCCCCUUAAUGAAUAUGUUUACAGAAUACAGUAA